UGCAGGCACCGUACUCGACAGACCGUGGCUCCCGGCGCAGCGCAGGCAGCGGCAUAAGUGGCGAUGACAGCAGCUCAGAAAAGACUGAAUGUAUUAGCGCGUACUUGCCAACCGAGACUGCUUUUGGAGAGCAUAGCGACGAGUCUGGUGUGCGCGAGCAAUCGCCAUCGAUCCCGCUAAUAGCAUCAACAGCGGCAAAUGAAGCAGGUGGCACAUGGCUCUAACGGCAACGAUAGCUCUUCAGCGCCCGAUCCACUUGUCAUGCACUACGGUGAGUCAGCACCUGUGUUCUCCAAUGCUGAUGCGCCCAAUCUCAGCACAUACAUGGCGAUGGAUGGCGACCAGGAGAUGAAGGAGAAAGACUACAUGCCGCUGUGCAACCUGCUGACCAAUGCAUUCCACAACUCGACAAAAGGCGGUGAUGUUGUGCUGAGUAGUGCGUACAGCCAGGAUAAUGCAGAGCCCGACGACUCUACCGCCACAGGCCACCAUUCUAGCAGCACCAUAGCAGCAGCUGGUAGUACCGCUAGUGAGGGCGAGCUGGGGUUGGCUGGCGACCCGUCGAUAUUCAAGCUUGCAAUGAACGGCGGAUUUGCGCCCGGCGAUGUCGCAUUCCUCAACAACCUCAUCGGCAUUCCUGGCGACCAAACUCACCACGAUAUCUUUGGCAGUGCAUCUGAAUCGCUGAGCAAAGGGACCAGCAGCAAUCCCUCCUCGGAUACUGCAGCCGACAAUGACAGUGGGAGCCGAGACGACCAUGCCAGCGAUGGUGCGGAGUCUGGCUCUGGCUUUGCAUUCGUAUCGGUGCCUUCGUCAUCGCCCUCGCAAGACAUGGACCUGCUUCGACUAAUGCAGGCCAGUGUGGAUGCGCGGGACCUAGGCGACAAGCAGGGGCUGCUAAAUGCGGCUGCUGCAGUGUCUGCAGCGCUCACCUCCGAGCCCAACGGCGUCGGAACUCCUGCGCUAUCUGAAGAACACCUGGCACAUUCAUCACAGAUCCUGGCCCAGAUACUAUCUCCUCCGGAGUACCUGGCGUCAGCCAAGUCGACACUCAAGAGCAAUCCACCGGCGGCCGGAUUGUCAGCACCACAUCACAGUCUGGCAUCGCCGCUUGUAUUCAGCACUAGUGCCCUGUUCGGCGACGCAAAGUCCUCUUACCUCCUGGACAGCACCCAUGGCGGCUACUAGCCACUCGGCACUUCCGGCCAGCAAGCCAGCGCGGCAGCAGCAGCAAGCAGAAAGCAGCAGUAAUCUUUCAUCCGUCUGUCUCUU